CAACCCCCUAGUGGCCGCAGGUUGGCGGAGAGGGGCGCGGGGCGCAGGUAACCCGGCGGGAGACGGCUUCGGGGCCAUCCUCCCCCCACAAAAUGCCUGAGGGCCCUGAGCUGCAUCUGGCCAGCCAGUUUGUGAACGAGGCAUGCAGGGGGCUGGUGUUUGGCGGGUGUGUGGAGAAGUCACCCAUCAGCCGCAACCCCGAGGUGCCCUUUGAGAGCAGUGCCUACUACAUCUCAGCCUCAGCCCGUGGCAAGGAGCUCCGAUUGACACUGAGCCCCCUGCCUGGGGCCCAGCCCCCACAGGAGCCACUGGCCCUCAUCUUCCACUUCGGCAUGUCUGGAUCCUUCCAGCUGGCACCCAGCAAUGCACUACCACCCCAUGCCCAUCUGCGCUUUUACACGGCUCCUCCUGGUCCCCAACUCACCCUCUGCUUCGUGGACAUCCGCCGCUUUGGCCACUGGGAGCUCACGGGCGAGUGGCAACCAGGCCGCGGGCCAUGCGUCUUGCUGGAGUAUGAACAGUUCAGACUGUGUCCCUCCAGGGAGAAUGUGUUACGAAACCUAGCAGACAAGGUCUUUGACCGGCCCAUCUGUGAGGCCCUCUUGGACCAGAGGUUCUUCAAUGGCAUUGGCAACUAUCUGCGGGCAGAGAUUCUAUACAGGCUGAGGAUACCCCCCUUUGAGAAGGCCCGCACUGUUCUGGAGGCACUGAAGCAGCACAGGCUGGCGGCAAGGGCUAUGGGCAAGCGAGAGGGGAGGAGGAUUUUGCACCCUUUCGAGCCUGGCUGCGGUGCUAUGGCAUGGUGGGCAUGCGCUCCCUGCGGGACCGGCACGGCCGUACCAUCUGGUUCCAGGGGGAUCCUGGACCUCUGGCACCCAAAGGGGGCAAGUCCCAUAAGAAGAAAUCCAGCGGAGCACAGCGGGGUCCUGAGGAUGGAGUGGAGGAUCAUCCACCCCCAAGCAAGGCCCCUUCCAGGACACGAAGGGCAUGGAGAGGCCUUCCUGAGCAAACAACAGCCCAGCAGCCUGAGGGGACCAGCCUCCAAGACCCAAAAGUCCCCCCAGUCACUGAGAAAGGGAAGAGGAGAGGGCGAAGGGCCAACUCAGGUGGGCCUUCCUGAGCAUUUUCCUCUGGAGAUGGAAGGGGCAUCACCAAACGGGGCUUUCCAGAAGGAAAGGAUGGCAGUACGGGCAGAGGUUACUUGUGGAAAGGAAGGCUGUCCGGGCAAUCUUCAACCUGGGGUCUGAGUUGCCACCUCACCUGUCCUCCCCACAGGCUGCUGCAGACCUUAAAAGAUAAAGACUGCCAUCCCAUCUUUGGAGCCUGAGGAGACCUCAGCCUCUUAGCAGGAGGAUCUCCUUGCUUGCACCUAUCCCUUCCCGCUGCCUUGCCCUGGAUCUGGGGCCUUGUGUGGCUUUCUAGAAGCAUGCAACAGGUUAAAGGGGCUAGAUGCCUGUGACCUUGUGGCUGUUCCCCACAUAACUAUGUUUUUAAUUGUACCCACCAUCCCCAUUUUUUAAGCCCAUGUGAAAAAUGCUGUAUUUUUAAAAAUAUAAAUUGGUAAACUUC